CCAAACAUCAAUCCACAACCACAAAACCCCAAACAAAACAAUUCUCCCCCGAACCACAAAACCAACCAUAAAAAUGUCCAUCCCCCAAUCCGAGAUCCCCCGCCUCUCAAUCCUCUACCACGCGAAGCGCCUAAUACCUAGUAGCAAGCCCCCACUGCACACCCCUUCCGCAACCCUAAACACCAGAGUGGGCCUGAUCCGCAGCGAGAUAACCAAACUCUCCCUCCCGAACGGGGCAAUCGUGAACACCACAAACACAUCACUCCUCAACGCUGGCGGCAUCUGCGGUGCAAUCCACAACGCCGCGGGAUGCGGACUGCUGGCAGAAUGCCUGACACUAAACGGGUGUGAGACGGGUGAUGCAAAGAUCACGGAUGCGUACGAUUUGGCGUGCCGGAACGUGAUUCACGCUGUCGGGCCGGUGUACUGGAAGGCGCGCAGGACGAACGAGCAUGCCUCGCUGCUUGCGAGUUGCUAUGCGGCUUCUUUGAGGCUGGCGGUGGAGAACGGAUUGGAUGCGAUUGCCUUUCCUGCCAUUUCGGCGGGGGUGUUUGGGUAUCCGAGUUACGAGGCGGCAGAGGUGGCAAUUUCGACUGUUAGGGACUUCUUGGAGAGGGAGGAGCAGGAGGGCGGAGCAGAGGGGAAGAGGUUGCAAUUGGUGGUCUUUUGCAUGCUUGAGAGUAAGGAUGAGAUUGCGUAUAUCGAGUUGUUGCCGAAUUACUUCCCCCCAGCAGGCGACAAGGAAGACCCCAGAAAGUCACCUGAGCGGAAAACCCCCGAAAAGAAAAAACGGAUAUCAACAACAACCAACAUGCCCCUCCCCCUCCUCCUCCCCACCUUGAAAACCCUCCCGCUAACCCUGCCAAUCCUAAUCUUCAUAACAAACCACGUCUACUCCCUCCACCGGAUCCACGGAAGAAGCAUGUCGCCAACCCUCCCCCGCGACAUGAUAAUCCUGGCGCAGCGACACAACGCUACGGCGGGUCUGCGGCGCGGUCAGGUGGUCCUGUACCGCUCGCCGGUGGAUCCGGAGAGGGUCGCUGUGAAGAGGGUUGUCGGGCUUGAGGGGGAUGUGGUCGUUGUCAGGCCGGUGGGUGGCGGGUUGGCGGGCGGGAGGGUUGGGGAGGCGGUCAGGGUCGGUGCGGGGAAAGUGUGGGUGGAGGGGGAUGAGGGGUUUUGGUCGGUUGAUAGCAAUGUUUAUGGGGCUAUUCCGAAAGCUCUGAUCGAGGCAAAGGUUACUCACGUGGUCUGGCCGCCGUCAAGGGCCGGGAGGGUCAAGGAAGAUCAUAUGGGAAGGGUUGGAGCUUUAAAGUACAGGGUUCCAGGAUGA